CUAGCUUCAGAUAGCAAUAUCACAACAACAACAACAACCAGCCAACCAGCGACACAACAACCGGGCCUAAAAUCUUGAAUCCAGCUUGAAUCAUGUGAUGGUGAAGCAGAGGCAGGAGAAUGAGAAUGCGGUCGGUGGAAAAGAGGCACCACAGUCAUCGAGUAGCUGUGUUUGGGGCAAUUUUCGUCAUCACCACCCUCUUCAUCCUCUACAGCUCCAACAGUGAAAACGAAGCAUACGAACCAUUCAAAGUAGAUGUCUAUAAAAGCGAUAGAAAACUCACUGACCUGAAGAAAUGGGCCGGAAAAGAUGGAUAUGCCCCGAUAUUUGGCAACAAGAGCAUGAACCUGCACUGUGGUCAGUGUGCCCUGGUGACGAGCUCGAGCCACGUCUUGGGCAGCGGCGCCGGAGCCGAGAUCGACAGCGCCGAAUGCGUGAUCCGCAUGAACGACGCGCCCACGUCCGGCUUCGAGACCGACGUGGGUAACAAGACCAGCCUUCGCGUGGUGGCUCACUCCAGCGUGUUCCAUGUCAUCCGAAAACCUCACGAGUUCCUCAACUGCUCCGAAUGCCCGUCUGUCAUCUUCUGGGGCCCGCCUUCGAAGCUAGGCCGUGAUGCCAAGGGUGCCCUCUACAAGCUGAUCCACCGUGUUUCCGCUACUUACUCCAACCUCUCCACCUUCGUCGUCACGCCGGCCAAAAUGCAGAAGUUCGACAUGCUCUUCAAAAAAGAGACCGGGCGUGACAGGAAGCAGUCCCAGUCCUGGCUGAGCACCGGCUGGUUCACCAUGGUCAUCGCCAUUGAGAUUUGUGACAACGUUAAGGUUUACGGCAUGGUGCCUCCCUUUCACUGCGGGCGGCGCCCACAACCCAAGCGAAUGCUGUAUCACUACUAUAAGCCUCGCGGGCAGGACGAAUGUCUGACCUACGUUCAGAAUGAAAGGAGUCACCGUGGAAACCACCAUCGCUUCAUCACCGAAAAACAAGUCUUCGCUCGCUGGGCCAAACUCUACAACAUCACCUUCACACACCCAACGUGGUGAGAACCGAGACGAAGAUAAACACCAAGGUACAAUCUGCAGUUACCAGUUUAAUGGCAGUUAUAGAAUAAUGAUCCAACCUGGCCAGCCAUUCUCAGCCCAGAGAGGAUCAAAGAUGACAGAAUCGGACCCAGCUUGCUGAGAAACUGGUUUAACCCCAACGUCAGUGUGUAACCCAUCCAUGCUGGUGAGAAUAAUCCUCACUGACCACUCCUUUUACACUGGGAUUGAACAGAGAGUCUUUUAAAACGGCUGGCGGCUUCAUGACGUUGA